UGCGGCCAGCUACUUGAUCCUGUCAGUCCUGCACAAAGAGACUAAGCCGGUUCUUGAAUUACUCAGGUUCAUAGAGACAGAUUGCUUUUAUUAUUUGAUCUGCUUGGAUAAUUGGAAUUAUACCGAGUGGUGCAGCAACGCCCGUCUAGGAACUUCUCAUCAGUUUACCGUCUCGCGUCUCCGAGCAUCACACGCGGAUCAACUUCGAGCAUAUCUGCAAACUCAGAGAUUACGAGGGCAUCUGGGGACUGACGCAGUGAGAUAUGCAGAUAUAAUGGACUCAAAUUCACAACACACGAGCUCGACGAGCUCAAUCAGCAAGAGCAAAUCGCGUCGAAAGAAGAGCAAGCGGAAAUCUCUCGAGCACCGGGGUACCCACGUCCGCCUUCGCUCGAACGGCAGUCCUGCAGCAGCAACGGCAGAGUUCUCAAGUCAGGUAGCAUCAGAGGUCGAGCUUGAAGGAGAAUACUAUCGCAUUCACGAGAUCUUGGACGAGAGGCCGUCGGCGAGUGAUCCUGAUACGAACGAGGUCCUGGUGGCCUGGGUCGGCGACGAUCCUCAGACCGGCCAGCCCUACGAGCCAACCUGGGUCCUCCGCAGUGACUGCACGCCCGACGUGCUGAAGGAGUGGGAUCGGACAAAGCGCGCCAGAUCCCGGAUCCCAGAUUCACAGUCCUCCUACCACGAAAGCGCAUCCCAGGACUCGCCGGUUGUCGAACGCCAGCCGCCGCUUAUUGUUUCAAACAAACGGAAGCGAUUGAGCAAACAGACUGGUUCGAGUGCCCUUUCUACGAGCAACAAGUCUAUAUUCGAUUUUUCCGGAAGCGAGGAAGAGGACCGAGUUGUUAAGCCUCCUAAGAAGACUACAAGGCUAUCCCAGUCCACUCUCGACCACGCCCGCUCCGAAUCUGGCCCUCGAGAAAGACGGCUACGAUCACGCACCAUCAGCAAUAAUCCCGACAACACAGCUCAUACUACACCUCCUCCCCCCUCCCCCUCCCGAUCUCUCAGGAAAUCAAACCCCCCUCCGAGCUUGCCACCAGUCGUCACCACACCAAAGACUGUGAUCAGACACAUUCGACUUCGCACUUCUGCUGAUACACCUGAUCCCAGCCCACCCAGAUCUGAUCGUCCUGCUCCCUCCCCGGCACGCACACUCCGAAAGCGCAAUUCUAUUUCAAUCCGACGAAUAAAUCUCAGAGGCCCGCUCGCAAAGAAUCCUGAUCCUGCCCAAUCACAAGAUCUUGAGCAGAAAGAGCAAUCCCCAGCUAAAUCUGCUUCUGCGUCACCACCACCAGCCCAAGCAGAUCUUAUAGUUCUUUCGGACCCGGAACAGGAAGCUGAGCCAGGAUCGCCAUCUCCGAACGAGGACAAUCUUGCAGCUCCUGUCGAUAGUCAGAAUCGCGAGAAACAGUCGGUCUCUGAUAGUGAAGCGCAAGAAUCAACUGGUCCUUCGAUCGAUUCUUUACUAGAUCCACUUAGAGAAUCACUCGACCAUACAGUACCAGGCACCAAGAGCGUCGACGAUCAAGUACAGGUCCCAUCAUCGAUCGCGCCCCAGGCCCCUGAUCUCGAAGCACAACCGCAAGGCUCACAGUCCGAAGCUCCGGUUGGCAAUUCACAAAUCUCAGACUCUUUCCAGCGAUCUUCUGAAAUCCAUCUAGUUGACUCCACAACACUUGACAAAGUUGAAGACUGGUUGUCGGCUACUCAAUCGGAAAACGAAUAUCAUUCAGAGGACAGAGAACAUACAGCAGACCAGUCUAUACCUAUCCGACCGGAUUCAGUAAGCACACGGAAUAUGGAGGGAAUUGAAACAAGCAGCCAAGUUGAGGCCUCACAAGUGGAGGCCGAGGAGAAUGUCGAAUUUGUCAGUGCCACCCCAGAGGUUCCUUUAGAGGGAAAGGAGGCGGCAAAGGAGGGAUCCACAGAGACUGCUGAUGGCGCCCCGCAUGCUUUGGCGGAAGGAUUGGUUUCCAGAGUGAUUCGACUACCUGAUAAUAGUGGGGCCGAGAAGGCAGUUUCGUUAAACAAAUAUUUGCUGCGCGAAGCAGAAUACGCGGUUCCCAUUGGAUUCACAAAGUAUCAACGGCACUUGUAUGAGCAGGUGUUGAUGCUGCAUUCGAGCGAGAUUAUCCGAUUUUGUGACUUCGGAUCGAGUACAGCGGCGCAGAGGAAAGUGAUGGGCAAGAGCAUGAUGCUCGUGCUGACAAGGGCGCUGCUCGCGUGCGUGCAUCCGUUUUUGCUGGUCCCUGCUCUGCAACCUCGAUCGGUUAGCGAUAAGGAUGAGUCGCGAUACAUUGUGAACUCUGGCUCUAAGCUGCAGAUGAUUGACAAUAUCGUUACGGUAUUUAAGGACGCGGGACUUAAGGUUGCUAUUAUUGCGCGUGAAGGACAGGCUAUGGAUUUGAUAAUCAGCUAUUUGGCGGGUAAGCGAGUCAAGUACGCCAAGCGAGAAGGCGAGAUUGACAAGCCGGCGGAUUCUCCUGAGGAUUCAGAUAGCGGAAGCGAGGUUGAUGUCAACGAGCAGUACGAGAAGAUCAACGUGAUUGUGGUGCCUUCAUCUGCGGUGGACGAGAAUAACAAAAAGAAGAAGUUCAAUCUGCCACGAGUUGAUUUGGUGAUUGCGGUUGAUUUCAGUUUUGUCGCUUCAGAGCCUCAAGUAUUGCAGCUGCGAGGAGUGGACGAAAACACCCAGAGUCUGACGGGCAAGCCUAUUGUGCCCGUCUUACGAUUCGUUCCUUCGCAUUCGGCUGAGCAUGCGCUGAUCUGUGCGGCUGCGUUGAAUGGCGGCGCGGAGACCGAGUUAGACGUCGACAUGCUGUGCAGUGUGAUGGCUACAUUCACAUUGAUGCGUUCGUCAGCUGGCGAACUUUCAGAGAAUCUGAAGCAGGAGUUGGCCGAGCUUCCGUCUAAACUCCCACAGUGGCUGGCCACUACGGCAGGUACCCGACCUCCGCCGGUGUCGAUUCUGUUUCCGCAUGAUAGUAUACCGUUGACGGAGGACGAGGCCUCACAGUUUACGAUCCGCGAGAUUCCGCCGGAUUAUGACAACGAUGCGCUGUCGUUAUUGUCAGAGUCUACGAUGGCGUCCGAGCUUCUGAAUGUGCUGGAGGCGGAUAACAAUCCACCACUGAUCUUACAAAUGUCGCGCACGAUCGGACAUACGCUCAAGUUAAUCCGAAGAGCCGACGCGGCGGUGAGAAAGGAUCCGUUACAGGAGCAGCACGAGCAGCACGAACUUGCGGCGCAAGACAUUGAGAUGGUGGAUAAUGGUCCAGAUAUUGCCGAAGAGAGGAAUGAGGACGAAUACGAAAAGCUAUCGGUGAUUGAGAAAGAGAAGCUGAUUAAUGACCUGAAUGAUCAACUAAUGGCGGCACGGAUAAAUAUUAAAUCGCUGGAAUCCCAGCUUUUCAGUUUCAAAGAUCACCACAUGCGACUGCUGGAGAGAUUCGAGGACACGGACCGGAUAAUGCAGUCUGUGCAGGAAGAGAAGACUGCUACCGAGAAACGAGCGGAGGAAGCGAAUGCACGGAUCGCAAGAGCAGAAGAUGAGAAAACAAGAUUGAAAACCGAGCUGGAGAAGUUGAAGGAGAAGCUAAAGGCGUCUGAGCAAGCGCUUCUGGACGGGCCGCCUCCGUUGGCAGAGCUUCAGCGGUUACGGACAAAGACGGAGCAGUUGGAGGACGAGAUCCGGAAGCUUAAUCACAAGCUGAAGAGCCGCGACGACGACAUGCGGUACAUGAGAGAGGAGUUUGAGAAGGCCAAGAAGGCUGGCGACGACGCGGUGGUCGAGCUCGAGACAGUGACGGCACAGAACGAAGCGCUGAAGAAGCGGAUUGAAGACGAUGUGCGGGCGCUGAAAGCAGAGCGGUCAGACGAGGAGAUCAAGGCGAAGGACGCGAAGAUCAAGGAGCUGAACUCGCGCGUGCUGGCGCUGGAGGAAAAUAUAAAGACGCUGCAGAUCGAUAAGCAGAGCGGGCGCGGACGGUACGGCGUGCGGUCGUCGAGCGUGCCGAGGAGAGGACUGAGUCCUGCCGCGCGGUCGCGGGGGUCGUCGCCCGCGUCCGGGGGCGCUACGUCGGCGUCGACGCCUACGUCGCACCCGCUGCAGCAUGUUCGCGGGGCGUAGCGUAAGCGCAGACUGUUGUUUGGUUGGGACUUGGUUUGGGUGCGAGUAAUAGUUUUGUAUUUGUAGGCCGAAUAACGAUAUUCAGAGCAAGUAGAUUCGACAGCGGAAGCCAAAAGAGGAAAGUAUAAACAGAGCCUAACCCUAAGACAACAAUCGAUAUCGUCAUCGGUCUGCCGCCGCCGCCGCACAGCAUCAUCGGCAGGUGUGGUUUUGGAGAUAGUUUAGUUUGCAGAGCGAAGUUUUUGCCAGCAAGAUCUACGGACAAGAACACGUGCGGAGCAGGGCUGAAGAACGGAGGAUAUCGGAUUACUGCUGCUGGGUUGGUGCGAAUAAGAGGUUUGGCGCUGGCAGGAACGCGAGCGACGACGGCGAUAGGAAAAAAUAGCAGAGAACUUACAACAGAAAGUCCGACGACGACGACCACGAUACUAAAGCAAGAGCAACAACAACAACAUCAAGAAGAAGAAGAAGAAGAAGAA